AUGGGUGAUUUUCAUGAUUAUCCUGUGGUGGUUUCUAAUCGAGGACUAAGGGAGCAUCUUGCAGGCAGCCAGGGCCAAAAUAGCAAUCAAGAUAAGAGGAGGGGUAAGAAGAGGAAGGUGUUGUCAACUGUGGCAAAGUUAGCCGCUAAUGUGCUGCUUGGUUCUGUGAUUGGAGUGACACCGUUUGUCAACAUAGACUUUUGGGAAGAGGACGUAGAACAUCUUGAAAGGAAACAAAGCUCCGAUCUCGCUUGCACGUGCAUUGGUUCACACUUGUCAACCUUGUUGGCACCUGCAAAGUGUGUGACAUGUGUGAAGAGUUCGUUGAUGGGCUCUUCUAUAAAUGUGGCUUUUGUGACUUCAACAAACAUCCAAACCCACCUCAAUCUCAGUCUCAGUCCAUGCGGGAAUAUACGGGUCCACUGCAAUUCGAGGUCUUCAGAGCCCCUCUCGGUCUCCUUCUACCAGGGCGGAUAUAGGCCCAAGAAGCCCAUGGGUGGUUUCCAUGGUUUUCGAACAAUGGCUCUUAAUAAAGGACAAACGGGCCAUCUUCCUUGCCAAUCAGGCCCAUAUGGUCAUCGAGGUCGGUCAGGAGAGACUGCUAAGGUGCCAUCUGCAGUAGAACAAGUUACACCAAAAACAUCAGAAGAAAGAAGGAGUGAAAAUCUGUGA